AAGAGGAGGAGGAAGAGAGGGAGGAGGAAUAAGAGGAAGAGAAAGAGAAGGAGGACGAAGUAGUGGCUGGAUUGUUUUGCACGAUGCCCUCCUUCGACGAAGUGCUGCAGAAGGCUGGCGAGUUUGGGCGCUUCCAGCGGCGAGUGUUCCUGCUGAUGUGCCUGACGGGCAUCACUUUUGCCUUCCUCUUCGUCAGCGUGGUCUUCCUGGGCGUCAGUCCCGAUCACUACUGGUGCCGGGGUCCCAGCGCCGCGGCACUGGCGGAGCGCUGCGGCUGGAGCCCCGAGGAGGAAUGGAACCGCACUGCGCCCGCCCAGGACGCUCGGGAGUCCGGAGCCCGCUCCGACGGGCGCUGCGAGCGCUACGAGCUGGAAGCGGCCAACUGGAGCAGCGCUGCGGGAGCCGCGGAGGGGCUGAGCUGCAGCGACCCGCUCGCCUCCUUCCCCAACCGCACGGCGCCCUUGGUCCCCUGCCAGGGCAACUGGAAGUACAUCCAGGCCCACACUACCAUUGUCAGCGAGUUUAACCUGGUGUGUUUAAACUCUUGGAUGCUAGAUUUGAGCCAAGCUGUUCUAAGUCUGGGUUUCUUGGCUGGAGCUUUUACUCUAUGCUAUGCAGCAGAUAGGUAUGGAAGAAUAAUUAUAUAUUUAAUCUCUUGCUUUGGUGUGGGAGUAAGUGGUAUCGUUGUGGCAUUUGCUCCAAACUUUCCUGUGUUUGUGAUCUUUCGCUUCCUGCAAGGUGUUUUUGGAAAGGGAACAUGGAUGACAUCAUAUGUUAUUGUGACAGAAAUGGUUGGUUCAAAACAAAGAAGGAUUGUGGGAAUCGUGAUUCAAAUGUUCUUCACCCUUGGAAUCAUAAUUAUCCCUGGGAUUGCCUACCUUAUCCCCAAGUGGCAAGGGAUCCAGCUAGCCAUCACACUGCCCAACUUUCUGUUCCUUCUUUAUUACUGGGUGGUUCCUGAGUCUCCCAGAUGGCUAAUUACCCGAAAGAAAGGAGAAAAGGCCUUGAAAAUUCUUCAGAGUAUUGCUAAGUACAAUGGGAAAUAUCUCUCACCAAAUUAUUCAGAGAUCACUGUUACAGAUGAGGAGGUUAGUAAUCCAUCCUUUUUAGAUCUGGUGAGGACUCCCCAAAUGAGGAAAUGCACACUUAUUCUAAUGUUUGCUUGGUUCACAAGUGCAGUGGUUUACCAAGGACUUGUCAUGCGUCUGGGAAUCAUAGGUGGAAAUCUUUACAUAGAUUUUUUUAUCUCAGGAGUUGUGGAAUUGCCGGGAGCUCUCCUGAUUUUACUAACAAUUGAGCGUAUUGGACGACGCCUUCCCUUUGCAGUGAGCAAUAUAGUAGCUGGUAUUGCAUGUCUUGUUACAGCAUUCUUACCAGAAGGGAUACCAUGGUUGAGAACUUCAGUAGCUACUAUAGGAAGACUGGGGAUUACCAUGGCCUUUGAAAUUGUUUAUUUGGUGAAUUCAGAAUUGUAUCCAACAACAUUAAGAAACUUUGGUGUUUCAUUGUGUUCAGGUUUGUGUGAUUUUGGUGGUAUUGUAGCUCCAUUCCUGCUGUUCCGGCUAUCAGCCAUCUGGCUAGAACUACCUCUUAUCAUUUUUGGUAUUCUUGCAUCAGUCUGUGGAGGUCUUGUCAUGCUCUUGCCUGAAACAAAGGGUAUUGCCUUACCUGAGACAGUGGAGGAUGUGGAAAAGCUUGCCAGCCCACAUUUCUAUAAAAGAAACAAGAAGAAGAAAAGUCAAGUAACAAGCAUUCACACUUGAGUCCUUGCCAGACUUAAGAAAGUAUUUAGUGUGAGGUUCUACUGUGGGAACCUGGUUCCUAUCAGAUAUUCCUUUGAAAUCAGUAAAACACAACUUGCAAGGAUGUAUGUUUCAUUUUCAACUUCAUUCUAAUAUCAACAAGUUCUCUGUACUAUAUAUAUUGCAUUUCAAGUACAAUACAUGGACUUAAAAUAUGCAGUAUAUUUUUGUAUAAAAUUAGGAAGAAUAAGUACUUCUUUCUGGAGAUUGGAACAUGUAUCUAUGUCAAAAAAAGAGCCAAUUUCUUGAGCAGCUUUCAUGGAGCCAAGAAAUUUUUUUGGACUGGAGUCGUUUACUUCUGAUGCAAAAAGGAGAAAAGAUUCUAUGAUGAAUGACAAAACAUGUCCUCCCCAUCCUGAUAAGGAUUCCUCCAGCAAGUCAGGAAAUGGAAACAAACAGAAUUUAGGAAUGGUGUUGCUGACCUGAGUAUCAGUAAUCCAAUUCAAGUCAACAAGAAAAAAUAUGGGAGAGACUUCAUCAAAAUGUGACUGAACAGUAAAAGUGCCACAUUGAAGACCAAGAUUUAGGAAUCCUGAUGUUGGAAUCCUAAAUAUAUCAGGCAACACUGUGCUGAACCUUUACCAUCUCUUCUAAUCUUGAACAUAGGGUUAUGCAUUUACCAAUUUGGUUUUCCCUUUCUCUCCUGUCAGUUUCUACAAAUCUUAGUUUGGUUUAGGUAUUGUGCUAUUACAAAGAAUCAUUUGCUACACAGUUCAUAUUUUGACUAGAUUAUUUAUUACUCAAGAUUAACCCUGUGAUUAUCCAAAAAAAUUUUUUUUUCCUAAAAUGGACACCUAGAGCCAGAUCUUUAGUCUAAUGAAAAAGAACUGUUGGCCUUCACUACUGAUAAGUUCACAGUUCUCUGCAUUUUCAAAGACUGAAGUGAUUUGUAUUUUAUUUGUUAGGUUUGUUUCUUGGUGAUAGAUGUAUUUAAUAAGGCAUAGAGAUUUCUUAUUCACUUCUUCCAAUUCUUGUUUAUCCAAGGACUGAGCCAAUGCUUAAUACAAAAUGAAGAGUAUGUAUAACCAUGCUUAAACUAAUUAACAUCCAGUUUGGUAAGUGCUCUUAGACAUCACAAAAUAUCCUUGAGUGACAUCAGUGUUUUUUGGUUUUCUACUUUGUAUGUUAUAUUUUUGGAUUGAGUAUGUACCUUAUAUAAUAUUCUUAAAUAUUAUUUUUCUUGGGACAUAUGGUAGAGGGAUAUAAAAACAUGAGAUCUAGACAAUGUUAAAGAGAAUUUCUAUUACAGUGUAUAUAUAUAUAGAUAGAUAUAGUUGUAUAUAUGUACACAACAUGUGUGUUAAUCACAACCUAUACUUUUAAUCCUUAUAUCACAACUGAUUUAAAUGUUAAAUGUUCAUUUUAUAAAGUGUCAGACAAGUUCCUUUGGAUUUUAGUGAUACUGUAUGACUUCACUAAUCAUAUUUGUUUUGAUGUUCCUUUUUUUCCCUUAAGUGCAUUAGCUUUAAGAGACUUUUCCACUCUUUAAUUUCACCUUUGUAUCUUUAAGCUACAUUACUUCCAAUAACAAUAAAAAUGAUAAAUUGGCAAGAAAAA